AAGCGGUGCGAGUUUAAAGCUAAUGGACACGGAAGCGAUAUUUGUUCAGCUUUAGACUCGGAAAUCACACGAACACGUUGUUUUUCUCUUGUGGUCAGGCUUCUCUUUGACUCGUCAGGAUGCCUUUGUUCUCCCAGAACCCGUUUGAGCAAGAUGUCGAGAAAUCGACCAAUGAAAACAACACAGUCGAUGACUGGGGGCUCAUUAUGGACAUCUGCGAUAAGAUUGGAACGACAGCCAAUGGACCAAAGGACAGCUUGAGAUCCAUCAUGAAGAGAGUCAACCACAAAGUGCCUCACGUUGCCAUGCAGGCCCUCAAUUUGCUCGGUGCUUGUGUGUCGAACUGCGGCAAAAUAUUCCACUUGGAAAUCUGCUCGAGGGAGUUUGCCAGUGAAGUGCGCAGCGUUCUGGGCAGAGCCCACCCUAAGGUGUGUGAGAAGCUAAAGGCUCUGAUGGCAGAGUGGGCGGAGGGCUUCCAGAAGGAUCCACAGCUCAGUCUGAUCAGCGCCACCAUCAAGUCUCUGAAGGAGGAGGGCAUCAGCUUCCCCGCCGCGUCCUCACAGGGUUCCACCACAAAGGUCGGCCCUCCCGCUGUCGUCAAAGAACCGGAGGAUGACCUGGCCAAAGCCAUCGAGCUGUCCCUGCAGGAGCAGAAGCAGCAGGUGGAGACGCGACCCCUGGCCCUGACCUCCGACCCCCCGACCUACACCAACGGCAGCGGGGGGCCGGAGGCUCGGAAGGUGCGAGCGCUGUACGACUUCGAGGCGGCUGAAGAUAACGAGCUGACCUUCAAAGCUGGAGAACUUAUUCUGGUUUUGGACGACAGCGAUCCAAACUGGUGGAAAGGAGAGAACCACAGAGGAGUCGGGCUUUUCCCUUCCAACUUCGUCACAACCAAUCUGAAUGCCGAGCCAGAGACAGUGGCUUUUGUUGAAAAGGCUUCCACUCCCGAGGAGACGGUUGAGGAAACCAAAGAUGAGCCCGAGCCCGUCUGCAUCGACGAGGGGAAGAUGGACAGAACUCUGGCUCUGCUGCAGAAUGCCGAUCCUGCAGAUCCGGCUCCAGAUUCUGCAGAGCUGAUCCAGCUGGAGGGUGCAUGCGAACAGAUGAACCCGAUGAUUGAUGAGAGGCUACAGGAGAUCGACAGGAAACACUCUGAGUUGUCCGAGCUGAAUGUGAAAGUCCUGGAGGCGCUGGAGCUUUACAACAAGCUGGUGAACGAGGCUCCGUUCUACUCCACCUACUCCAAGAUGCAGGCGCAGUACAAUCCAGCCGGCUCAGCUGUGCCCAUGCAGGGCUACAUGGGUCCGGCCGGUGGUCCCUACAUGCCUCCAGUGAUGCCUCAGGUUCCUCCUCAGCCCUACACUCUGCCCAGCGACCAGCCGGGGCCGCUGCACUCGAUGCCCCCCAACGUCUCUGCUCCACCCAACGGACCGGCCGCCCAGCCUCCAUACAUGAGCUCUGCUAUGAACACUCAGUACAUGAACCACGCCGCUGGAGCUCCGUACCAGCACCAGGUGGGCGGGGCCAUGGACAUGUCGACCUAUCACAAUGCCAGCAUGCCUCCCGUGUCCUACCCGGUGUCCGCCCCCCCGCACCAGGCUCCUCCUCCCCAGCAGCAGCAGCAGGCGGUUUACUACCAGCAGCCUCUGCUGUGAGACUCUGACCCACCGCAGACCUGAGACCAGUACACACUGCAGAUAUUUCACUUUACAGCGGUGUGUUCAUGUGGCUCACCUUCUCUGAGUGUGUGUGUGAUGAGGGCUUUAGGAAAAUUCCUUCAGCUGUUUUUUUUUUUGUGCCUGAUGAGCUGAAUUGAACACACCGCUGUGGAAGUGGAAAUAUCUGAAGUGUGUGUGUGUGUGUGUGUGAGUGUGAGUGUGAUGCCUGUUGUCGGGACGCUUUUUGUGUGUGCAUGUCCUCAGCUUCUGUACGUGAGGCCAAAAACAAAACAACACAGCGUCAGGAGUCUGCUUCUCGUCCUUCAACACAGAAGAAGAAGAAGAAGAAAAAAAGAGUUGGGUUUGACAGCCACCAACACAGGACCAUGUCAUGUACAUUUUGCAAUUCAUAGUGCAACGUAACAUCGCUAUUUCUGAAUUGAAUCCCUCUCGAAGAAUGCACCCAACAUGUCGUCUACUGAGGUGGAAACGGAGGGAAAGGCCAUGUGCACACUCAUGAAGAUACAUUACAACCCCAGAAGCAAUCCCCGUCAAUGUCUACACAGACAAAUAUUUACAUGUGCAGGUCAGAAUUAAAUAGACUAAAAUAGCAGGUCUGCAUGUAAAGCGCAAGUUAAAGAUGAACUUUUUGCACACGGCUUUGCACGGUCAGUUUAUUCAGCUUGUAUCAAUCAAAACCGUUCAUAUCUUUUCUGUCAGAUGACUGAAAAAACUAAUCUGAAACAUGUCAGAAACACAACAUUUUAAUGCGUUCAGAAGUCUCAUGUUUGUAGUUGUCAGUGACAUCAUGAACCCCAUUUGGCAGACUUUUUCAGUUAAUUUUCCCAAAUCUGUAAACAUAAUUCUUCAAUGUAUCUGCAUUAAUGUGAACAUGGCCUCUAAAGUUUUCCCUUUUUAGUUUUUUAAUGAGCGUCUUGUUUUUAAGUCUGGGUGAAUUCAUCCAAACACAGGCUCACUUCAUUCUUUGUCCUUUUCUUUCUUUGUUGUUGUGCAGUUUCACUCGUGUUUCUGCCUCGUGUGUCGGCUCUUAUUAAAUCUGGUUGGGACGCGGUGCAGAUGCUCCCGUCAGGACAAAAAGUUUUCCUUCCUCACCAGCAUCCAUCACUUUAGCUCAUCUGAGUGUUUGAAGAGAACUACAAACUAUAUUUUCAAACAUCACCGAUGUAUGUUAACCGUUCUGUGUGUGUGUAAAUGGUUAGAACAAUGCUUUCCCUGAAGCUUCACUGCCUCGUGAUGCGUUCGGAGGUUCUAUUUGAGAUAUUUAAGAUGUUCUCUAUGUGUGUGUGUUUGUUUUUUUACAUGUCUGUAUGUGUUGGAGGGCUCACCAUUAAUAAUAGGUUCUUCAUUGUAAAAUGAUUGUCAGAUUUUAGGGUUGAACUGAGAAACAGUUAGUUCUCUUUGUGUGUUUAUUAAUCUUCUGCCUCUGUUCAUGAUUAUUCCAUCAGUACCUUCCUGCCUCUCAUCUUCCAUUUAGAAGCCUGUUAGGAGUUUUAUGCAAACGCACGAUACUGAUAUUUCUCAUGUCUAUAUACUUACAAUUCAAACUUGUCAAUGUCAUUGCCUCUACUUUGAUUUAUAUAUAUAUAUAUAAAUCAAAGUAUAUAUAUAUAUAUAUAUAUAUAUAUAUAUAUAUAUAUAUAUAUAUAUAUAUAUAUAUAUUGAGACAUUAUACAUGUAUGAUUUACAUGGCUGGAGAAUGUGUAAUUAUUACUCUUACGUCUGCUUUUACUUUUUAUUUUAACACAAUUUUUCCACAAAGUUCAGAAAAGGACUAGUUGUUGAUAUGAAGAAAGAAAAAGUGGGAGAUCAUGUUGUGUUGGUUUUUAUUCUGUUUUGGGGUUAAGCUUAUUAAAUUAAGGAGCCGCUUUCAUAGAAUCUACAGUCGGGUGGCAGUAGGUCAGAACGGUCUGUUUCCUUUAUUAAAGGUUUGUAUAUUAGAUGUAAAAUACCUGGUUUUGUUGGUGACGUUGCACCUUAGCUUUGUAUCAUUUAUUUACCACUGGAUGCCUUGUUUUUUCUGUAGAAAUCAAAGAACGACACGGACAGAAACGUCAGUGAGUAACUUCAGUCUCAGAGUCCGCUGGAUAUGUAUAAUUCUGUAUAUUUAAAAUAUUCCAGGAAAAAGUCCUUUAUCCAGGAUUUAAAAAAAAAAAAAAAAACUGCUUUUUUUUAACAGAGCAAAUGUAUAAUAUUCUUUGAAAUAAAAAGAAAUUGA